AUGCAAGGUAUAGCUGGUUUAGUUCUGAUGCCGCACAAAACAAUUGAAACAAGUUGCUCUAUAAGUUCAUCUACCUCAACGGAUGCUAACACAGGAGAAAAAAAUGUGUCUCCUUCAAAGUCAACAGAAGCUACAGUGAAAGAAGGUAUUGUUUGUCAACAGUAAAGCAAUAAAAAGAAUAUGCUUAUGGUAGGGAGAGACACUGGCAUUUAACCAGAGUACAUACUUCUUACUUCAUGUUGAAUUAUAACCAACAUUAUGCUUGAAGAUGUACCUGAUUUCUACAACAACCAAGUAGUGAGUCAAAUUGUAAAUGGAAUGGUUGAUUCAGCAGUUCAGUGUAAAUGAGGUUGUACAUGUUAAGAACAAGCCAAAUUCACAGACGAUCCUGUAUUAUUUUGCUUAUGCCAAGCACUUGUUUUGUCAGAUAAACAGCCAAAGACGUUUGCUCAAUCAGGCAUCAGUCAUCAAGAUGAAGCAAAAAUUAACUGUUCAAAACCUUCUGGAGGAAACCACAUCAGAGAUUUGAUUUUAUCAUUUGAUAAAGGUAGAUUUGUCUUACAUAUAGUUGUAUUGCAAUAAUAUUUUUUUGGGAAAAAAACUUUUAGUAUUUGGUGAAAACUGAUCAGCAGCCUUAACAGCAAUUAUACAAAAUGGGUCAUCUUAAUUUUCUGAUUUUUCAAGAUGCACUUUCAUGCAAACAUUGACAGCUUAAGGUAGAAUCCUUUAAGAAAUUGAGUAAUUUUAAUUUUCAAUGGACAAAAGCCUUGUACCAGAAUAAUCUCAAUCAUAUUGCAUUCUUUUUUACACUUUUCGAGGGCUAUAAAUGUAAUAAGUUAUAUGAAAUAAAUCCAAAGAAAAGGUUCUAAUGAGAACUUGAGAAAACAAACGUCAAGAGCUUCAAAUUUCACAAAAUGAAAUCUUAUACCCAUGAUGAUUUUAUGUGUGUUUUCUCAAUUCAUAUGAAAUUUUAAAUUUAUUUUCUUGGGAUCCCAUAAACAUUAUCUUGUUCUAGUCCUUGUCUCUCCUAUUUGCAGUUCCCAUAGUUCUCAGUAGCAAUCACACAUCACCAGCUACAAAAUCUACACGCCUCAUCCAGGAUGGAGAUCGUUACAUUUUCCUGGUGGAAGACAACAGAAGCUCCAAAGUCAGUUCCUCCAAUGUGGGAGCUGAUUCAAGGGCUGCUAGAUCAACAGAUGAUGACACAGAGGUUACAGCGCAUGACGAGGAAGAAGAGGAGACUGGUAAGUUUCAGUUUGAGAUUUACUUGUAGUCCUGCAGUGUCCUCCUUAUCAAGUGGUAACCGGUAAAAUUUACUGUCUGAAGCAACACUUCUUACCGCCAGCAACUGCUUGAAGGUUUAUUAAAAUUAAAUUAGUAUUUUUGAAAAAUAUGCAAGUUGUGAUCCGAUUCGACCAAGGAACAGUGAAUGAAUAUAUGGAAACAUUAUUAAGUAUACACAGCUUUUCUUUUUAUGGGCCAAGCAUUUUGGAAAGAGAACAUUGAAGACAGCAUAAAAUUAUUGGGAUAAAUUGCUGUCUAAAGAUAACAAUGGCUGAUUUGAGGAAAAGAGUUCUUAAAAUGAGAGAAUGACGUUUCAAAGAACUUAGCUCCUCCUGGGGUGGGGCCAUGUCUCUCACUCCGCUACCCUCCUCCCCCAGAAAAGUGCACCUCUGAGGCAUAUUUUUGCCUUACCAGCCAUCAAUGAUCCCUUACUUGCUGAGCUAAAAUUUAGGGAGAACACUGGUCCUGGGCUGAGGGGGGAGAAGAUACUGACAUAUGCAAUAUGGCAUGGAUUUUUAGCUGCCCAGCCUUUAUAUUUAUUUGUAGAAAUGUGUGGUUCCAGAAAAUAUCCAUAACCACCCCAAGGAUGGUCAUUGGAAAUUCCAAAGGGGAGGGGGAUAUUAAAGGCCAAAAUUUUUUAAAGGAAGGUAUGAAACUAAACUGGAAUUUCCAGAGGGGUGGGGGCAUGCAAACCAAAAUACCAUCCUUGUGGGGAGUAUGGAUAUUUUCUGGAACAACACAAUAGACCAUAACCAGCUAACACAAUACUGCAAUUUGCCAAUUUUUCUGUUAAUGGGAUGUCAUGUUCCUGGAUUUUUAGCCUUACAACAGACAGGGCUUGCUGUCACAAAGGGCUGCUGGCCAUGGAUUUCCCCUGGCUCACACUAUGAGCAUGACAUCCAGCUACACUGAGAUGAAACAAAGGAAAAAUAGAACCAAAAAAACUUCCUAGCUGUUCAAUUUCCCAUAGCCUCCCCGUGAGGCGUGUUGCCAGCCCAUAGACCUGUAGGCCCUGGGUCUACAAACUUUUGGUUUGAUCACUCUACCCCUUGUAAUAAAUUACGUGUUGUUGGGGUAAGCUAAAAAACUUAAGAACACAAAGUGUGGGUGAGGUCAGUGCGCACUAGCCAUGUGUGCAAUUUUCAGCCAGGCCUACAACUAGUCGAAAAGCUGGCUAUGACCCUGCCCAUAUAAAUCAUUGUAUAGUACCCCCUCCCCCCCUUCUCUCCAGGGCCUAACCUCCACUGAGCAAUCCAGUCAUUAACUUUAUGAUAAACAUAAUUUCUUCUAGUGGAUGCUUUUCAUUUAAUUCAAGUGCUGCACUAAUUUUGAGUGUGUUCUGGACACCUUAGAAUUUUCAGAUGGGGGAUCUGAAGGGUCACUGGAGGAUGUGCGUCAACACCACGGAAUAAUUAAGACACAGAAGCAAGAUGAUCCUGAUUACCUCACUCUGUUUGAAGCUCAUCAACGCAGACUGGAGGAUGUGGGAUCCCCAUCACCAGGUACUGUGAGUUAA